GCCUGGCGGCGGCGGCGGCGGCGGCGGCAGCAGCAGCGGCGGCGGUGGCGGCAGCAGAGCCGCGCAGCCCCGCGGAAUGGAGCGGCGCCGGGGCUGAGCCGGGCGCGCACGGGCCCCGCAUGUGCCGCACGGGCAGCGGCUGCCAAGCGGGCGGACAGCGAGCGCCAGAGGCCCCGUCGGAGCGGCCGCCGGAGCAGCACCGGAGAUGGGAGAACAGCCCAUCUUCACCACCCGGGCACACGUCUUCCAGAUCGACCCCAACACCAAGAAGAACUGGGUGCCUGCCAGCAAGCAGGCGGUCACCGUCUCCUACUUCUACGAUGUCACCAGGAACAGCUACCGCAUCAUCAGCGUGGAUGGGGCCAAGGUGAUCAUAAACAGCACCAUCACACCCAAUAUGACCUUCACCAAGACGUCGCAGAAGUUCGGGCAGUGGGCCGACAGCAGAGCCAACACGGUGUUUGGUUUGGGGUUUUCCUCCGAGCAGCAGCUGACCAAGUUUGCAGAGAAAUUCCAGGAGGUGCGAGAAGCCGCCAGGCUGGCCCGAGACAAGUCCCAGGACAAGGUCGAGACCACGAGCAAUCAUUCCCAGGCAUCCAGCGUCAAUGGGACGGACGACGAGAAGGCCUCUCACGCCGGGCCGGCAGACGCACACCUCAAGUCUGAGAAUGACAAGUUGAAGAUCGCGUUGACGCAGAGCGCCGCCAACGUGAAGAAAUGGGAGAUGGAGCUGCAGACCCUGCGGGAGAGCAACGCGCGGCUGACCACGGCGCUGCAGGAGUCGGCGGCCAGCGUGGAGCAGUGGAAGAGGCAGUUCUCCAUCUGCCGUGAUGAGAAUGACCGGCUCCGCGCCAAGCUGGAGGAGUUGCAGGAACAGUGCAGUGAGAUCAACAAGGAGCGGGAGAAAAACACGGAGCUGAGGAGCAGGAUCGAGGAGCUGGAGACCGAGCUGCGGGAGAAGGAGACGGAGUUGAAAGAUCUCCGGAAACAAAGCGAAAUCAUCCCGCAGCUCAUGUCGGAGUGUGACUAUGUCUCGGAGAAGUUGGAGGCGGCCGAGAGAGACAACCAGAACCUGGAGGACAAAGUGCGGUCCCUGAAGACAGACAUUGAGGAGAGCAAGUACCGGCAGCGCCACCUUAAGGUGGAGUUGAAGAGCUUCCUGGAGGUGUUGGACGGCAAGAUAGACGACCUACACGACUUCCGCAGGGGCCUGUCCAAGCUGGGCACGGACAACUAGGGCCGCCCGCCCACCCGCCCGUGCAUCCCCAGUGUGGUGCGGUGCAGUGCGGUGCGCGCGCGUGUGUGCGCGGGAGAGCAAGUAGGGCCGGGCCGGCGUCCUGGGCGUGGGGGUGGGGUCGUGUUUCCACGCCGGCUGUGCCGUCCACUCGCUCCUCUGCAGGAUAGAAGUCUCCUCUCGCUUCUCUGGCCUUGUGAGGUUGCGGACAGCUGGAAGAUUCUGACUCAGGAACCAGAACUAGGUCUACCUUACACGUCUACGCAGUCAGGGUAGGGGUGUUUCUAUCUUUUCUAAGGGCUGUUGCAACCAUACGAACCGAAAACCUUGUUUUGUAAUCCGAUGACCGGUAAGCCUCGGCGCCAGGCCGUUUUGCCCCUGUUAACUGAGUAGCGUUCAGAGGGUGUGGGUGUCCGCCAGGCUCCCCGUCCCCGGGCGCCCAGAGGACACCUCUUGCCUCUCAGACAAGUUUCCAGCAGAGACUGGAAGCCAGAGCAAGAAAAUGAGUUUCUGGCAGGUGCAUCUGUGGGCAUGGGGGUCGCCUGCACCCCCGCCACCCCGGGCCACCUUGCGCCCCAGUUUGCGUGGUUGCGACAAUGUUUCUUCUCUUCGUUUUAACUGAGCAGAUGCUGUGCUGUGGGAGCAGCACUCAGUGAGGCUGCCUGGCCCCAUGCCUGGCUCCACGUAGGUGCUUAAUAAAUAUUUGUUCAAUUAAACAGAUAAACAGAA